AUGUUUUUCGUCCGAAACUCCCCUAUCGAGCAGGCAGAUUUCGAGGUCCUCUACUUGGUCGGUCGCCUACAGCGAUUCGAGCCCCAAAUAUGUUUCGUUAACCCCGAGGCUCCCUCCCCCCCGGUGUAUUUGGUCAAAACUAAAGCCUGCAGACACUUUGCCAGAGGCUAUUGUGCUUUUGGUGAUAAGUGUGCAUUUGCUCACACUGUGGACGAACUCAGAGUGAGGCCGCCGAACUUGUGUAAGACCAAACUCUGCGACCGUGGGAGAAAUUGUCGUCGCCCUAAUUGUGGCUACGCCCACAGUAAAGCUGAGUUGUUCCACAUUGAACCAGAUUGCCCUGACAUUAAGGGCGCUGAUGAUGCUAUGUCUGACUACUACCAGGACUUGCAGUAUAUCGAACAGCUGGGUGUUAUGUAUGCUGCCGCUACUGAGAAACAUGAUAAGGUUUAGAUUUUUUUUCUGUAAAACACUCUAAUGAUCUUCCCCACAAAUAUAUAGUUUUUCCCUGUUAUCAUUCAAGGCACUCUAAGAAGGCUUUCGUCGAUGCAGGUAGAGUAGUACACUCAUUUCUAAGCUCUUAUAGACAUUAUAAGGUUAGUAUUGUAGUUCGUUGUUGUCGCUGUCGUAGGCCUUACCAGCGAUUUGACUCGGUGUUGUUCGCUCGCCGCGAUAUUACUACUAUAAUACUACUACUAACAAUAGACUUACUGUAUUUGUAUUAUUGGCAUUAUUAUCAUUUCAUAGUAUCACUUUUCAUUGUCUCUACGCUAGGUCUAAUGAUGGUAGUUAAUUUUUCGAAAGUUGAUCGAGCUAUUGGGCACUACAAUGCACUUCGCUCGUUUCUUAUUUGAUCACGACUGAGUGUUCAGCAUCUCUGUCACGAGCACUGAUGCUGGCUGAGAUCAGUGCGUAUUAUUUUAUUAGCACGAUUAGUGAUGUGGCAACGAGAUGAGGUGUUAUUGUUAUUCCUGUUCCCUGUGAACUACUGGCGUUGGUGCGCAACGUAAUCAUAUUAGUCGUAUAAGUCGCUUGCGUAAGGCUUUUAUUGUUUUGCAGUAUAGGAAUUGAUUCCUUUCACUGUAGAGAUGA